CAGCUAUGUCGUCCUCGCGAUCCUCCAAGUCUUCCAGGCAGUCGGUGGGCUCAGAGCCGGGUGAUGUAUUUGUCGCCGCUGCUGGCACUGCCAAAACGCCACCUGCGGCAGCGCCGGUGGCAGUGACUGCCGCUGGAACGUCUGGAGACCGGGAGAGGCGAAAGCGAAAGCGCUCUAGCGCAGCGGCCUCCAGGCAUCGCAGGGGACACCGAACCAAGAGGCAAGGCUCAAGUGACGAAGCAAAGCCCGCUGCAGCGCCCCCUGUCGAGCCGGCAAGUGUCACACCGGUGGUCGUGGUCGAAGACGAGUCGUCGGGGGCGCAGCCGCCUGCGGCCACCGAAGAACAGCGCGAAGCUUCGGUCGCGGACUUACGUGCCAGAGAUGCAGAAGCCGCGCCGGCACCUGUUCCGGAGACCUCGACGGCCUCUACGAGCCAAGUGUCCCUCCCGCGGGUUCCAGUAGAGGGCGAGACGCGCUUUCUGAAUGAACAGGCAGUGCCGGCCCAGGACGGGGCCGAAAUGAUCCCCGAGGAUCCGCAGCCAGCAGCUCCGUCAGCGCCACCGUUGAGAAUGCCGCCUGUAGACGUGGACGAAGGCGUGUCCGAGGAGACUGCACCGUGGCCUCCAGCACAGUCCCCGCCAUUGUGCAACGAGUCGCCUUUACGUGCCUCUGCAGCAGAGCCACUACCAGUGGAACCAACGGUGCCCAUUCCAGCCGUAUCCGAGCCCUCCGAGGCUUCAAGCGCUCUAGCCGCGAAGCCCCCCAGGCCAACGGGCAUCCUCAAGACCCCCGCUGCGGACCGACGCGCUUCGGGACAGGAGGUGGUUCCCGACAUGAUCGUGGUGCCGCUGACUUCGUGGGCCGGCACUCCGGACGUCACGGCGGACCGGAAGUGCGCACUGCCUCCCGUGUCUGCAUCCGCUUUUGCCGAAUGUUCUGCUUUCGUGGAGCGGUCCCGUACGCCCCAGCAGGAUACGUCGCUCGUUCGCCACCGGGGCAAAAAAACCCACUUCGGCGUUCCCUCUCUUAAGGUUGUUUCACCUCUGACCUUGACGUCGUCGAGGAGGGCUUUAAUCAUCAAAGUGGCUGUGAUCUUGGUUCUGUUUCUUUGCGUCGCGGGUGCCGUGCUCAUAUAUUUCCUAUGGCUCUACCGCGCCAAAACCGCCACUGACAAUAGCUACUGUGAUAGUACCGACUGCUACCACUACGAGGUUUUCAUCAGCGCCUCACUCAACAGGAGCAUCAACCCUUGUGACGACUUCAGUGCCUUCGUGUGCUCUGCUUGGAAUUACCCCAGCGUGUACCACCACGCGUCGCGCUCGUCCAGGGAGGACGUCGUGGAUGCCUGGUCUAAGAACUUCGAGCUGAUGCUAAGAAGGGGCAAGAAAUACCUCGCAGCGGCUGAAAAGCCGCUCGGUAUGCUCAGCCUCUGCAAGUACAGCUCGCUCCUCGAAUCGUCGUCAGGUACAGAGACACUUCAAAGGUUCAUGGAGGACCGGAAGAUUCGCUGGCCUGGACAGCCGUUUCGCGGCGUAAACCCGUUAGGAGUGCUUCUUGAUUUGGACUUCAACUGGGGCUUGGCGUUGUGGUUUCGCGUCGACUUCCUUCGAAAGCAGGGCGCCGGUGGCCAGCGCGCCUUGCGCAUCAGUCUGGCUGCGGGCAUUCGCGGGUGGCUGAGCCUCCAUCGGCGGCUAGUGUCUGCUGGAAGUUUCUUCGAUUACUGGCACAAGCACUACAAGCUCUUGGCGGCACCGGGGACGCCUCCUGCGACACAGCAACAGGGAAAUAGGGCUGCGGAAGUGCAAAUUGCUAUGCUUCAGCAGUUGCUUGAUGCCAGCGGGAACCACACAUCACCGGCUACAGAGUUACUCCUCAAAGAUAUGAAAAGCCAUACUCCCAGCAUUCCACCCGAACAGUGGGUGUCCAUGCUCAACGAAAAUCUUAAUGCCGACCCGGCGUUCACUGGCGACGAUCGCAUCAUCACUAGGCAGCGAGCACUGCUUGCUGCCCUUAACAAGAUAAUCUCUGACUACCAUCACGACGAGAUAAUGGAGAACAUCUCUUGGCUCCUUGUGCAGAUGAUUUCUCCCGCCGUAGAUGCGUCCAUCUGGACGCUGCUGCCACGAGAAACCGCAAUGAAGCCUGACGACGAUCCAGCAACUACCGCCGCAAUGCAGGUCGCAUUCUGCUCGUCGGAAGUUGAGGCCGCGUACCGCUUUCUGAUCAUAUCACUCUACACCGUACAAAACUUUCCUCUUAAGGUGCGGCAAGAGAUCGAUAAGCGGCUCAGGGACAUCCGCAACACAGCAGUGAACAAGAUUAACGCUGUUGACUGGCUGAAGCCCCGGUGGAAGAGGCGCGCGCAAGGGAAGUUGAAUGCGACUAGGACAUUUCUGUGGCCCUCCGAACAGCUACUGAGCAACACGUCGCUGUCUAUUAUGUACAAAACAUUUCCCGCUAACGACGUAAACUUCCUGGCGCUUUGGCUACGCGUGCGCAGGUCUGUCCAGGAACUCUCCGUGGAAUACGACGAGGCGUUACGCUUGCCGGCCAACUUGGCGCUGCCGCUGGUCGAUUAUGAUUAUCUGCUCAACAGCGUUGGCGUCUCGGCGCAGACUUUGUCGCCACCCGCAUACUACGAGCAAGGUACACACGCCAUGUUUUACGGAGGCUUGGGCUUCUUGUAUGCAAGCGAACUGGUGCGUUCUCUGGACGCCGAGGGAUUGCGCAUUGACGUGGAAGGUGACAUCGUUGGCGAGCUCUGGCUUUCACCUCUUUGGCGGCACGCUGUUCUGGACGUUACGGGGUGCCUGGCCGGAAGUGGCAGCUACUUCCCGGAGAUUCCUGCUCUCGAGAUCAGCUACAGCGCCCUGGAGACCGCGCUGUUGCGCGACGGCGGCCGGCGGCAGCGGCUGCGCCUCGGUUUCACCGAAAGGCAACUGUUUUUCGUCACCCUCUGCUUUCUCACCUGUGCCCGGCCCGGCACGCAGCCUCCGGCUGACUGCAAUAAGGCGGUGAUGAACUUUCCUCCGUUCGCCGAUGAGUUUGGUUGCCGCGAUACGUCGAAGAUGAAACCUGCUAAACAGUGUCCUUUCUUCGGCCAACGAAUUAAGCAUUGAGUGCAUGUGCACAGAUAGACGCAAUGUUACAUGAUGCUGUGAUUACGUGCCACUAUACUGCUUCAUAUAUACGCGCCAUGACGUUCGUGCGCGAAUGUUUUAGUUAUUGCAGCCUUCGCACCCCACUGAAAUAAUAUUUGUUUGCUGCAACAAUUCUCCAAAGCGUGACCCCCCCGUUUCAUCAUUUAUAUACUGUAUCUUGCGCGAACUUCACGUGCUGCAUCGUUUCUAUAUAUGCGAUGUUCUGAGCACAGAUUCGUGUUGGCAUUGAAUAGCUGUGCCUGGUUUGACAGCGCUUUGGAGCUGACUUAUUCUAUGAUUUGCGUUUUACAGUAAGCUAUAUAUUAUUGAGAAAUAUGUAAUCACUGCGAAACAUGUCCAGACUUUUGAAAAUCACUUUAGCCAGACAUUGCGCGAUAAUUAUAGCACAAAAGUGCCCUGUGAAAGUCUGUGAAUAUGUGAAGGCCUUCGAGUCUCAAUCUUUUUUUGUGCUGGAAAGCAAUUUUUAAAUUUAGUUCUUACGCUAGUACCCUAACGCGCACAGCAUAGACACUAUUGAACGAUGUUAAUAAUGUACAUAUAGCGUGCCA